AUGUCCGUACACUCACUCAAAGCACCCUUUAGAGCACCCUUUAAAACACCAUUCAAGGCAAACGCUGUCGUACCCGCAAAAAACGGAGAAAAAACGUCUUCGUUUUCCACUCCUAGAACAUGCAAAAAACAAACUUGCAUUCCCGCCAAACGAAACAAAGGAUAUAAAAAAUACAACGGUGAAGACGAAGACGACGAAAGUUCUGAAAAUGAAAGUGAAUAUAAUUCUGGUGAAGAAUCCGAGGGAGAUAGCGCCAGUGAUAGCGAUGGAAAACAUCCUCGAAAAAAAACGAAAUUAAAUGUAAAAAGAACACCAUUUGCUGAAGUCUCCUCAAGAAACCAUAAUAGCUCUGCAAGGAACAAUAAUUCUUCGCCUUCAGUAUUGAGAAAUCCAAAGAUUGCGCUUAAAUCUCAAUUUAAACCCCCAACUUUUAUUAACAAGCCAAGCAAUAACCAAUCAAACAAUAACGCUAAUAGUAACCUGGAUGAAGAUUUAAGCCGUCGUCUUACAUUAGGGAUGCGUCGAAAAGUCUUUGUAGGAACAAAAGCUUUACAUGAUCCAAAUAAUGAAAAAUCCCUUGUACUUUAUUAUCCUUCUGAUAACGAAGGCGAAAAAAAAGAGCCAAUUGUGCCAAUUAAGAAAAAAGAAAGAACAUUGGCCGAAAUAUUGGGAGUCGUAAUUCCUAAAAGUGAUAAGAAAGUUCAUGUGGUAGUUGAUCCUAUUUUAACUUCAAAAUUACGUCCUCACCAGGUUGAAGGCGUCAAGUUUCUUUAUAAUUGCACUACAGGAAAAGUAGUCGAAGGCGCAUAUGGCUGUAUCAUGGCUGAUGAAAUGGGAUUAGGGAAAACGCUUCAAUGCAUCGCACUCUUAUGGACGCUGCUUCGUCAAUCUUCUCUUCCGAAUAAGGGAACAAUUGAAAAAGCUAUUAUUGCUUGUCCAUCAAGUCUAGUUCGUAAUUGGGCAAACGAAUUAACAAAAUGGCUUGGAAAUAGAAUCAAACCGUUGGCUAUCGAUCAUAAAGGAACAAAAGAAAAGUUUUUGAAGGAUUUGAGACAAUUUGUUAAUGCACAAGGUCGAAUGAUAAUGAAUCCAGUGCUGAUAAUCUCGUACGAAACAUUACGGACUAAUAUCUCUGAACUGAACAACUGCCAAAUUGGAUUAUUGUUAUGUGACGAAGGACAUCGUCUAAAAAAUUCAGAAUCACUUGUUUUCCGUACCCUUAAUUCUCUCAAAGUUCAACGCAGAGUGAUCUUGUCUGGUACACCUAUUCAGAACGAUCUCUCAGAGUACUUUUCCCUAUUGAAUUUCGCGAAUCCUGGACUUUUGGGAACCGAGUCUGAAUUUCGUAGAAACUACGAAAAUCCUAUUCUACGUGGUCGUGAUGCAGAUGCCAGUGACCGAGAACGCGAGACCAGCGAUCAAAAACUUGCAGAACUCUGGUCAUUUAAAUUAACUGGAUUUGAUGUAGUACCCGUAAAAUAUGAGCAUGUAGUCUUUUGUCGUCUCAGUAAAUUUCAGCUUUCGUUGUACAAUUUGUUUUUGACAUCACCCGCAAUCCAGCGUCUACUGCGUGGUGUAGGAUCACAGCCUCUUAAAGCUAUAACAAUUCUGAAAAAAUUAUGUAAUCAUCCGGAUUUGCUUGAUUUACCUGAUGACCUUUGUGGAUCUGAAGAUUGCUUCCCGCCAGACUAUUCACUUAAGGAAAAAUCGCGAUAUGUUAGACCAGAAUUUUCCGGCAAGAUGCAGGUUCUUGACAGGAUGUUAGCCAAGAUUAAACAAGAGACAGAUGAUAAGAUUGUGUUGAUCUCAAACUAUACACAAACUCUUGACCUAUUCGAAAAAUUAUGUCGCAAUAAAAAGUAUGGAUUCCUUCGAUUGGAUGGAUCAAUGAAUAUCCAAAAGCGACAAAAGCUUGUUGAUAGAUUCAAUAAUCCGAGUGGUCCAGAAUUUAUCUUUUUAUUAAGUAGCAAAGCGGGAGGUUGUGGUAUAAACCUUAUUGGCGCAAAUAGACUAAUUUUGUUUGAUCCUGAUUGGAAUCCUGCCGCUGAUCAACAGGCUUUGGCGAGAAUAUGGAGAGAUGGGCAGAAAAAAGAAUGUUUCAUCUAUCGAUUCAUCGCUACAGGCUCAAUAGAGGAGAAAAUUUUCCAACGACAAUCUCAUAAACAAUCACUUUCUUCGUGUGUUGUGGACGAGGAUGAACAUGUAGAACGUCACUUUUCUUUGGAAUCGUUGAAACAAUUGUUUCAGUUUAAUCCCAACACAAUAUGCGAUACACAUGAUACAUUUAAAUGCAAAAAAUGUGAACAUGGAAUUCAGACCGUUCCCAGUAAAGUCAUGAAUUAUGGGGAUUCCAGCUCAUGGGACCACUUCACUGGAAACGAUGAUUUAGCCAGGAUAAAUGAUAUUAUGUUGAAAGAAGAAGCCAAUCGGGGAAUAGUUUCUUAUGUCUUUCAAUACAACUCGGAAAAUGGAAAGAAGUAG